AUAGGUGUCUAACGUUACCGAUUCGGGUUUGACUCCGGGCUUGUCAGCUAGGCUACAUUAUGCCAGGUCAGGUUGUGGCGUCUAUGUGGGGGAAAUCCGCAUAGCGGGAUUGCAUGCUGUUUUAUGAAAGAAUACCUAGUAUUUUUGUCGAAUAAACUACCGGAUACAAAUCUGCUCUGAGUCCACGGAGGGAGAAAAAACAUACAUCUCCUGAUUCAAUUGCCGGCAGAAAGAGGGAACUUCGGCUUUUGUUUUGUUCUAAAAAAACAAGUGAAGAAGACCUUUGCAGAUCUGUCUGUUGGAUAUGAUCUGAAUUGUAAGGAGGCAAAUCAUUUUGAACUAUCCAUUGUGUUUCAUGGAACUUGCCAUUGGGGGUAUCGUGCACCUCCCGCCCCUUCGCCUCUGGAGGCUAUAGCAAUAGCAGUGACGACCUGCAGCAUUGGAUGAGACACGGGAUCCAAGGUACACUUGACCACAAUAGAAACCCGUUUUGGACGAUUUCUGCUCCCCUGCAUCGUUUACCUAACUCCGUUAGAUAGGUACGCAUCAUCUCGUUUGUUUAAAAAAAAGCUCCUUGGAUAUCUUCGGCAGAUCUCAACGCCAAUCUACCGUACGGACACCGAUUCGUGGUGCGUAGUUCAAAAGCUACUGAUCGUUGGAAUAACUAGUCAGUCAAUAAUUGAUGCUUUCCACGUCGGCUCAUUAGCUUGAAACUAGUUCCAAAUCGGCAUCGGUUCUGAAGGUUACGGCGUUUUCCCAACAUCCCUGGUCCAAACCAUUUGGAGUGAAUUGAUCCAGUCCACUAAGGGGAAGCUAUCAGAGAAGUUCCGGAGAGUUGAAGCGCCGUGGCGAUGUUGGCGAGUGUUUGGAUUGUCCUCCUGGCUGUGAACAUAGAAGCUGGAGAUGGACAGAGUGUCCAGAUGGACUCCAUUAAGUCAGGCUUCGUGGGCUCCCAGAUGGAGCUGCGUUGUAUCUUCGUUAAUUCCAACCCUCCAGUCAAGAUCUCUCAGGUGACGUGGCAGAAGUUCCUGAACGGCACCAAACAGAACGUGGCCAUCGCCAACCCGUCGCUGGGGGUGUCCGUGCUCCCGCCCUUCAAGGAGAGGGUGACCUUCAAGCAGGCUGCGGUCCGCCACCGCACCCCAUCUUUGGAGGAUACCACCAUCAUGUUCUCCAACCUGAGGCUGUCUGAUGAGGCAGCAUACAUCUGCGAGUACACCACCUUCCCUGCUGGGAACCGAGAGAACAUGGUCAACCUCACCGUGUUUGCUCGACCUCAGACUCGAAUGACCUUGACCACGCCCACCAUCGUGGCCCGCCCCCAGAAGCGGAAGAUGACCGUGGCGACCUGCCUCUCGGCUAAUGGAAAGCCUCAGAGUGUGAUCAAGUGGGACACGAGGCUGAAGGGAGAAGCCACGUUCCAAGAGACGCAGAAUGCCAACGGCACGGUGACCGUUAGGAGCAACUAUGUGGUCGUGCCGAGCAGAGAGACACACAAACAGAAACUCACCUGCAUCGUAACCUACAACAACGAGAGGAUUACAGACAGUGUCGUGCUCAACGUGCAAUAUGAACCGGAGGUGAAGAUCGAGGGCUUCGAUGGUAACUGGUACCUGGACCGUCAGGAUGUCAGCCUCACCUGCAAUGCUGACGCUAACCCUCCUGUUACCGUCUACCAGUGGAAAGUGGUGAAUGGAUCUCUUCCCAGCACCGUGGAGAUUCUUAACAACUCUCUGAUCUUCAAGGGCGCGGUGACCUAUGAGCUAGCUGGGACGUACGUGUGUGCUGCCACCAAUGGGAUUGGGACUCGUACUGGUCUGGUCCAGGUUAAUGUUACUGAAUUCCCUAACAACCCAACACCUGGGGGCCCUGAGAUCCCGCAGGAGCAGCACAAUGCGGGUGCCGUCAUCGGCGCCGUGGGCGGGGUCGUCCUGUUAGCGGCGGCUGCCACCCUGCUCUUUGUGUUCCUGCGCCGCCGCCAGCGCACCUUCAAGGGCGACUACAGCACCAAGAAACAGGUGUUUGGGAACGGCUACAGCAAGGCCGGGGGCCUGCCAGCCCACCCUCCCAUCCCCAACAACCUGCAGUACCCAGACGACUCAGAUGACGAGAAGAAGCCUGCCCAGAUCGCUGUGACCGGAGGGUUCGAGGCAAGCGAGCGUGAUUUUGACGGAGAUGCGGAGGACUUGAAGAGGCCCUAUUUCACGGUGGAUGAAGGAGAGAGCAGAGAUUAUGACGAACGGACUCUUGCUUUCCAGUACGACCCCGAGACGGAGAUAGCCGAUGAUAUGGUGUCCCAAACCGAUGGCUCUGUCAUUUCAAAGAAAGAGUGGUAUGUGUAGGGGAUACAAACAACCAAACCAACCAACCGACCUCCCGUGUCACCCUCCUACCAUUCCCUUACCACCACCACUACCACCCCCUCACCUCCAUUAGUCAACCCCAUCCCGCCUUUCAUCUCAGACAUUCAGUCCAGUGCCCCUCCAAACCCCCAACCCCAUCAGAACCCAGUCAAUUAAAACCAUGUUUUAAAAAAUGCACUAUCAAGUCCUAAGGAGCAUGCAACAACAUCAAAAUGUCAACAACAACAACACAUUAAAAUGUCAACAACACAUCAACAUGUCAACAUCAAAAUAUCAACUACAACAUUACAUCAACAUGUCAACAACAACAACAACACAUCAAAAUGUCAACAACACAUCAACAUAACAACAACAACACAUCAACAACAACAUUGCAUCAACAUGUCAACAACAUUACAUCAACAUGUUAACAACAACACAACAUGUCAACGUCAACAAAAACAACACAACAUGUCAACAACAACAUUACAUCAAUAUGUGAACAACAACACAACUUCAACAUGUCAACAACAACAUAUCAACAUGUCAACAACAACAUUACAUAAACAUGUCAACGACAACACAACUUCAACAUGUCAACAACAACACAUCAACAUGUCAACAACAAUAUUACAUCAACAACAUUACAUCAACAUGUCAACGACAACACAACUUCAACAUGGCAACAACAUUACAUCAACAACAACACAUCAACAUGUCAACAACAACAUUACAUCAUGGUGUAUUGAAAUUCCAUUAGAUGAAACUGCAAAUAAUACUAAACACGGAUUGUAAUUGGACUCGUGUGCAACCACCAUUGACUUUCAAGGCCAGACAGAAAGAGUGAUCUGGUCGCUUGGAAAAUACAGGUGUAUUAUUGUUGUGUGUUCUCCCAUGCUAUUCUAAAUGUAUUACAUGUAUAGAGACUUGGGAGAGAUGAGGUAUUUGCUGAGCACAUUGUGAAAGUCCAACACUGGAUGUAUGAUACAUUGUUUUAUUCUUCUUCUCAUCACCAUUGCCUUUUCUGCUAUUGUUUGUUUUUUUAUAACUUGUUUAUGUAUGUUAUGGGUUCAACUAGGGUAACUAGAGGGUACAGUAACUAAAGGGUACAGUAACAUGUCAAUCAAAACAACAGUUUUAUAUACUGUAGAUAUAUAUGAGUUAUCUGUUUGUGUUGUUUUAAGAGAAUGAGAUUUAAUGCCAUUAUAGCCCCUUCUUCUCUCCCUGGCUUCAUAUUGACCUGCAACACUACACAACAAUACAAGACUGGGUUUAACCCAAUGAUAUAUAUAAAUCCUGGAUUGCUGAUGCAUUGUAUUGGCCAUUGGCUUCAAAGCUUCUCAACGGUUGGCUAUAUUGGCACUCCCCAGAAUAAGUACUCCAUAAGAAUUAAAGGAAGUCUACAGUAUUUCAAUUAAAUGUUUCAAGGACAAAAUUCCAUCUAUUUAAGUAUUUUUUGUUGUUGUAGUGGGGACAGUAACGCUAGUACUUUCAAAAAAUUAUACUUUAAAGCGGCAAUAUGUAUGUUUUUAGGUGACCUGACCAAAGUCACAUUGAAAUGUGUGUUAUAGAUCUGUCGUUAUCAUUGAAAGCCAGGCUAAGAAGUGGUAUAUCUGUUUCUAUGUGCACUAUUUCUGUGCUUCCUGUUCGUAUGUUUCGUUUUUGCGUCUUUUACUUUCAGUUUAUUACACCAGCUUCAAACAGCUGGAAAUAAAAUGUGUUUUGUUAUGAAAAAGAUGUAUAGCAGCGGUUUAGAUGAUACAAUGAUUCUCAACCAGGAAAUGGUGGAGCGAUUGCUGCAUAGUGCAUAUUUUUUGUUGUUGUGAUAUCCAAUUGGUAGUUACAUGCUUGUCCCAUUGCUGCCACUUCCCUACGGACUCGGGAGAGGCAAAGGUCGAGAGCCAUGCGUUCUCCGAAAAACAACCCUGCCAGCCGCACCAAUGUGUUGGAGAAAACACCAUCAAGCUGGUGCCCUUAGUCAGCCUGCAGGUGCCCGUGAUCAGCUUGCAGGCGCCCGACCCACCACAAGGAGUCGCUAGAGCGCGAUGGGACAAGGAAAUCCCGGCCAGCCUCAUGGGUCUCCGGUCACGGCCGGCUGUGACACAGCCUGGGAUUGAACCCAGGUUUGCAGUGACACUUUAAGAACUGCGGUGCAGUGCCUCAGACCGCUACACCACUCGGGAGGCCUGCAUAGUGCAUCUUUAAGGAAAUAUUUUUCCUUUUUUAUUUUUAUGUUUAGCUCACAUAGUAUAAUUAGAAAGUCUGCAUUAAGGUGUCUGUUAUAGAAUACAUGUUGAAAAACUAACGUAGACAUUAAUAAAUGCAUUUUUAUAGCUUUUUACAACCCCUGUAAGUAAUCUAGUGUAUAUAUAAAUCAUUGGUUUAACAAUGUAUUACAGCUCCCUGCAUGGUAUACUAUAAGAGUACUACAGACUAUAGUAGUGUAGUACAGAGUAUACUAUGUAUUUUGGCCAUGUAUGUUCUAGCUGUUUUCCAAAGACAUGACUGGUGUUUAUUACUCUUCAGGGUGUGUACUGAGACCUGCGGCACAUGUCAACACAACAAGCCAUAUGGACACGGCAGUAAUACAUACAGGCCGAGAGGAGAUGCCAGUAGAUAUAGAAGGACAAUGUGCCGGAAUGUGCCCUAGUUUUAGUUUCAGAUGCUGAGUUGUUUUGGCGCCAUCUUAGUUUGGCGGCCAUUUUAGCUCCAGAUAGAGAAAACAGGUGAGAAGGGGGAAGGUCCUGCUGUCCUGAAGCAUCCCUGUGACAAAUUAUCUUGUUAUGGGUUGUAGCGGCAUCAUGUCAUGUAUUUUCAACAUACAGAACAGUAAUGCUUCCCUUACGCUCUGAGAAAUGUAAUUUCAUGAUCUGUAUCUUAAACUUGAAAGGGUUUACCUAGAGGGUUUACCUAAAGGGGUUAUCCUAAAGGGUUUGCCUAUUGUUUAAUGACCCUAAUUUUGUUAUCAUUGCUCUAUUUUUCUUUAUUCUAGUUUCUGUGUUUAUUAAAGAGUUUGCAUUACCUUGUGAUUUCCGCAGAAGGCUUGUUCGAUAGUGACUUUGAGUCUGUGGUGACUGUCUGACUGGGUAGAAUUGGCCCUAAGGUACGAUACCUCCACUCACAGCACCUUCUAACAGGACCCUCCAAUGGACACAAUGGAGACGAGGACAAUGUUAAAUGUGGGUGUUCAUCUCUGCCUACAGAGAAACAUGUUUUAAAAGCAAAGGGAACAGAAAUAUGAUAAAUGUUGUCUAACUGAAUUUAGCAGCAGGUGUUUUUUCUUUGUGUUUAAAUAUAAAUAUAUAUCUCAACAGUCUGGAUAAAAGUCUUUCACAAUCUAGUCCAGUUGUGGCCAAUAUAAAAUAUAUUUGAUUUGUUUAACACUUUUUUGGUUGCUACAUGAAUCCAUAUGUGUUAUUUCAUAUUUUUGAUGUCUUCACUAUUAUUCUACAAUGUUUGAACAAAGUAAAAAUAAAGAAAAACCCUUGAAUGAG